UUAAUCUUGACGUAGACGUCUAUAAGUACUCUUGGAAUUUCUCUUCAUUUAGUUAAUACCGAUAUCUACGUCAUAUUUCUCGGGAAAUAUCCAGGCCCGAACUAGCUGGAAUUGAGGUGGAAGUAACAAAUUUCCUCUUUGUUGUAACUCAUUGAACCACAAGAAAAUGUCGCCUACCUGGUCUAUUGUACUCCUGGUGUCUUUGUUUUCUUCAUCAGUACACGAACAGCGGAACCUAAGCGCCUUAGUAGAAAAUGUGUUUGGAAAACCACCAACAAACAAUAAUCAACAAGAGAGUACGGUGGGACCAGCCAUAGAUUUGCAACCAAAUUUUGGAAACAACACUAAUGGUGCCAGAAUUGCCAACUGUACUUGUGUUCGCUAUUAUCUUUGCGAAAAUGGAACAAUCAUCAGGAAUGGCAAAGGAAUCAUUGAUAUUAGGAGUAACAUCAACCCUUGCUCGAACGUCUUGGAAACCUGCUGUAGCCUGGAAAACAUCAGACUCGAACCAACUGUUCCCCCCCGACCCAACGUCAAAUCUCCCACUGGAUGCGGUUACCGCAAUAGCGAAGGGAUCGACUUCAGGAUAACUGGCGACACAGACAACGAAGCACAAUUCGGCGAGUUCCCUUGGAUGGUGGCGAUUUUGCGGGAAAAAACACACGUCUACCAAUGUGGAGGAUCUCUCAUCCACCCCAAAGUGGUGUUGACAGCAGCUCAUUGCGUUAGCGACAGGAACAAAAGCUUCAAGGUCAGAGCUGGCGAGUGGGACUCCCAACACAAAGCUGAGCCAUACCCGUACCAGGACAGACUGGUCAAGUCCGUAACGAUCCACCCCGAGUAUUAUUCCGGGGCUCUGUACAACGACGUGGCUUUGCUAACACUUGAAUCCCCCGUAGAAAUGAUGGAACACAUUGGAACCGCCUGCUUACCCCUUCAGGAUGACGUGGUGCAGUCAGGAAGAUGCUUCGCUACUGGCUGGGGCAAAGACAUCUUCGGCAAGAAGGGAAAGUACCAAGUUAUCCUGAAGAAAAUCGAUCUCCCCAUCGUACCCAGUCCCCAAUGCCAAGACAAACUCCGCACCACCCGCUUGGGGAGGUUCUUCAAUCUCCAUUCUACCUUCAUCUGUGCUGGAGGGGAACUCAAUAAAGAUACUUGUAAGGGUGACGGAGGCAGUCCGCUUGUCUGCCCCAUUCCUGGGUCACGUGAUAGGUACUUCCAAGCUGGUAUUGUGGCUUGGGGUAUCGGCUGCGGAGAAGAUCAGAUCCCGGGGGUUUAUGGUAAUGUCGCAAAGUUCAGGAACUGGAUUGAUGAGCAGAUGGAUUUGGCUGGCCUCGAUUCGUCAAGUUAUCAGUAUUAGGGAGAAGAGGGUGAUCACCUCAUACACCCAGUCUAACUCCCCUUGACUCCUCUCAUAGCUGUGAAGAAGUUAUUCAAGACUGUGAUGCUUGGAACAAUGUAUGACAAUGGUGCAAUCUCAAAAGUGAAUCAUAUCAUUAAUAUUAAGUAGUUCAACCUGUGUAAUCAAACAUAAUGAUGUUGAAUCAAGCACCUAAUAAAAAGGGCUUAAUGUUUGAAAUAGAUAUAACAUUAAAUUAA